AUGAAAAGAAUUUUUCAUUGUGAGGCAAAAGGAAAUGAAAAUGGCAUUAUCCAAUUUAUUUCGUUGUUGCUUUUUUUACUUCCGAUUUACCGAGCUCAAAAUACCCUGGAGUGCACUGAAAUGAUAAGGAAUAAUAAAUGCUCAUGUUAUACUUUUGAAGAUGCUGUUUAUCUUGAUUGCCAAGAUACAACCAUAAAGAAUAUUAAAAACGCUCUCAAAAGAGUAACAAACGUAUACUCUUUUUCUAUUUAUGAUCUCGACGCCAGCGAACAAGCUUUGGGACCACAUUUUAUACCGCAAGGCGCUUGUAUCAAAUAUAUACACAUAUCGCGAACUAACAUAGGAGACAUCGAUGAUGAAACUUUUAUGCCGCUGAGAAAGUGCCUUGAAACAUUAAGUAUUGUAUCGAGCAAGAUUAAGUUUAUACCUCAAAAAGCACUUUCCGGUAUGCUCAAGCUAAUGUCUCUUGAACUAGUAUCAAACUACAUCGAAGAAAUACCAAGCUACAGUUUUUAUGGACUUCCAUUAAAAAAAAUAAACAUUAGAGGAAAUAUUAUUCGACGUGUGUCUGAAACUGCAUUUACAACUUUAGAGUCGACACUUUUGGAAAUAGACCUUAGUGAAAAUAAUCUCACCACAUUUCCAAUAAUUUCUUUAGCGAAUUUAAAACGUCUUCAAACAUUGAAAUUAGCUUGGAAUGAGAUAUAUGCAAUUGAAAAUCUAGAAAAUUCCAAUCUGUUGUCAUUAGAAAAUUUAGACUUAAACUCCAAUAAUUUUGAAUUUAUUUCUGAAGACUGCCUUAAAUUUAGUCCGUCCCUAAAAGCGUUAUCGUUUCAUUUUAAUUUUAUAGCUAAUAUUCAUCACCGUGCAUUUUACUCCCUUGUUAAUUUGAAAUCUUUAGAUUUGAGUCACAAUCGAAUUAAAAUAUUACACACAAAUAUUUUUCAAAACAAUAAACAGAUAGAGAUUAUAGAUUUAAGUCAUAACCAUUUGCAUCAUAUUCAUGGCUUACUCUGCAAUAUGCCGUCUCUUAGUAAAAUAUUUUUAAGCCAUAAUAAUAUACUUGAAGUGCCAAUAGAUUCCUUUUUUAAUUCUAGUAAAAUUAGUGUGUUACACUUAGAUAAAAAUUGCAUACAUACUAUAAACAGUGAGAGUUUUAGGGAUUUAAAAUUUUUAGAAGAACUGCAAAUAGAUUUUAACUAUUUAAAUCAAGUGCCACAUAGUAUUUUAUCAAAUAAUAAAAACUUAACAAAAUUAAGAUUAGACAAUAAUAAAUUUAGUGAUUUCAAUAAUAACACAUUCGUUUCUCUAGUAAAUCUAAAAUAUUUAAAAAUAAAUAACAACGAGCUCAAAUCUAUUUCAAAAGAUAUUUUCAUAAAUUUAAUUUAUUUAGAAGAAAUUUACUUAAACCAUAAUAAAAUAGCUGUUAUCGAGUCUGGUACUUUUGAAAAAAUGUCAAACCUUAAGUUCAUCUCAUUACAUAAUAAUAAACUUACAGAUAUUGAUGACAUUUUGCCUAAAAUAAAUUCCAAAUUAAUUUUAUUAUUUCUUGAAUUCAACCAAUUAACUUCUAUAAAUUAUGAAUUUCUGGGACCACAAAGGAGAUUACAUCAACUAAGCUUGAAGAAUAACCGUUUAAAGUUUAUAUCCAAAAUGACAUUCAGUAAUCUCACCUAUCUAACGCGUUUAGAACUAAGUCAUAAUGAACUUUUGAUAAUAGACGACUUUUCUUUUCAACGAUUGAAUUCAGCUCGAUAUUUAGAUUUACAGUACAAUAAAAUAAAAAAUAUAUCUUCAUAUACUUUUUUUGGUUUAAGUGAAUUGGAAGAUUUAGACCUUUCAAAUAAUAAAAUUGUAUUUAUUUUUGAAAUGGCCUUUAACACUUUAAAAAAAUUGAGAAGCAUAAACUUAUCGUUUAAUCCCUUAAAAAUUUUGAACAAAAAUCUUUUUCAGCAAGGUUUACCGUUAAGUUCUUUGUUAUUAGAUAAUUCUGAAAUAGAACUAAUAGAAAAUGGUACAUUUCAUGGUUUAAACAAUUUGAAAUAUCUUUCACUCAGAAACAAUUCCUUAAAAUCGAGUGAUUUGAUGUGUCUCGAUAUUCCAGGCCUAAAAUUUUUAUCUUUAUCUUAUAACAUACUGGAUCAAUUACCUAUUGAUACCUUCUUGAACCUUCCACUGUUAGAAGUUCUUCUACUAGAACAUUGUAAUAUAGAAAAAAUUAUAGAAGCGAGUUUCAUUAAUAACAAGAACCUUUUUAAAAUAAACUUUGCACAAAAUAUAAUUAGUAACAUGCCUGAAAAACUAUUUGGUUCAUUUAAUUCAAUUACUGAAUUCAACAUAAGCAAUAAUUUUCUGGAUUACGUACCAUAUGGCUUAUUAGACAAUUUCACUUUGAUAGAAACUCUUGACAUAGCCGAUAACCUAAUACCAAAAAUAGAAAUAAGCGGCUUUGAAAAACUUACUAAAUUAAAAAAUUUAAUAUUACGCAAAAAUGAAAUAACCACAAUUACAUCUAGUAAAAAAAUUAUAUUGAACGAUUUAAUUUUAUUGGACAUUAGUUUCAACAGAUUAUAUAUAUUGCCUGAAUUUAUAUUUAAUAAUUUUCCAAAUAUUCAAAACAUCAAUAUUUCACACAAUAACAUACUGCACUUUAGUUUUUUAAUGUCAUAUAAAAGAGUAGGUGUGUCACUGAUUAAUAUGGACCUAAGUAAAAAUCCAGCAGUGAGCUGGACAACUGCGAAAAAAAAAGAGAAUAGUACUCUUGUAGACAGCUUAUAUGAAUUACACAUAAGUCUAACUAAUCUGACAAAUAUAGAAGAUAUAACGUUUGACUUAUUUACCAACUUACAACACCUAUUUUUACAAUUUAAUAAGAUUCGACGUCUAUCAAUAAGUCCAUUUUCAAAAUUAAUUUUUUUAGAGAGUUUAGAUUUGGGAUUUAACAGAAUUACUCAUCUGAAAACAAGCAACUUUCGUGGUCUAAUUAAAUUAAACUCUUUGUGUCUGUCUAACAAUAAUGUUGAAUCAAUGGAAUCCUUUGAUGAAGACUUAAGUAAUUUAAAACUCUUAGAUUUGUCUCAUAAUAAAUUACAAAACAUUAUUAACGAGCAUUUGAUUCAUUUGAAAGAACUAACAGUAUUGAAUCUUUCUUAUAAUAAUCUCAAGUAUUUGUCAGCUACCGCAUUCAAUAAUUUAAACAAAAUAAUACAAAUUGACUUAGAACAUAAUAAACUUCAAACCAUACCUCUGGAACUACUUACAUCUAUAGAAACUCACAUACAGGAUAUAUCAAUAAAAGAUAAUGUUAUAAUAUGUCGUUGUCAGAAGAAUAAUACGUGGACUUGGAUUCAGGAUCACCCAAAAAUAAUAAAAGCAUUCGGAUCAAUUUGUUAUAAUGAAGAUUAUCCUAAAGAAAAAUGCGACUUUCCUUUAAUUGUCCAAUUAUCCGUUGACAAACAUAAUGAUAAUUCUGUAUUAGUAACGUGGGUAAUAAGAAAUCGUACUGCUAUAAAGUCUCUAAAAAUUUUGUACUACAACGAAAAUAUAGAUUCUGAUGUCAAACUGAAAGAAGUUGAUAUAAAUUAUAUGUCAACAUUAAUAACUAAUCUUCUACCAAAUAUGAAUUACAUAGUUUGUGUUUUAACGAUGUACGAGAAUACGGUGAUAAAUAUUGAUGAAGAGAAUACCUUAAAUAUUAAUGAAACUGAUUAUAGAUUUAUCAACGUUACGUCAAAAAUGAGACGGAAUAUCGCAGCGUCACUCAUCACGCAAUCGCCGGCUAGCGAGUGCUUGUCUUUUGACACUUACAGAAAACCCGCAACAAUCAAAACAAAACCACACAAAGAAUUUAACGUAUCUUCUAUCUUAAAUAGGCGUACUGGAUUAACUGUAGGAUGUUGUCUAGGUUUUGUAGUAUUUUUUGUUAUGGUCACUGUUCUCUUAUACACUAAGUUUAAAGAGAGAAAACGAAUAGCCAAAUCCGAUCCAGCGUGGUCAGAGAUGAAUGACUAUCAUUCGCUACAGAGCAAAGAAGACAUUUUACAAAGUUCAACGACGGCCUCGACGGAUAAUAUUUUACUUGGGAUGACAAAAAAUCGCAAUAUAUCUUUCGAAAGAUAAAGUAAAAUGAAUUACGAGAAUAUUAGCUCAGAGUAAUUAAAUUUAAACUUGAAAUUAUUGUUUUGUGUAAUUGUUAUAGGAAAAUAUUAAAUUUUAUAACAAUAGAUGCUAAAUAUUUAUAACUUUGGGCCUAUAGUUAUUAGUAACGCUUAGAUUAUAUUUUGUAGGUUAAUAAUAGACUGUAUAAAUAGAAAAGUAAUGGUUAUAAAAAUAGGUUAGAAAAGUUUAUAACAUUAGUAGAUUAGUAGAUGAAAAUAUUUAUUAAAUUGUUGCCGCGUA